CUCACGUUAACACGUCGUCGUAUCGAUUUUAUGAUUUGUAAGGCUAAUUUAAAUUAUAUUUGAUACAAAGAAAGGUACUCGUGAAGUGAACUGGUCUAACAUCGCAAAAAAUGGAGUCUCGUGGUAUAGUCAACUUUGCUGCUAAAGUAAAAGAUGAGCCUAAUCAAAUGUGUUAUAACGAAAAUGAUAAUGGUGGAACGAAAGAUCAAGCAUCCAAUACUGAAAUUUCACAAUGUUUCAGAUAUGUGCAAGAAAAUUUUAUUCACUCGCUUGAGGAACACAAAAGAAUAAAUGAAUUUCAAUCUAACCAAAAAAUUAAAGUAGAAUUUGAGUGCAAAGAUGUCAAACCCAAAGAGAAUUUGUUAGUACUAAAUAAAGGAAUUCAUGAAUUUCAAUCAAACCAAAUCAAAGCCGAGGUUGAGUGCAAAGAUGAGAAGCCUAACGUUAAUUUAUUUGUAUCUGAUGAAACCAACAAAGUAAGUCAUCAAUUUCAACCUAAGAACGAAAUUGAAAUAGAGUUUGAGUGCAAAGAUUUUGAACCCAAUGUAAAUUUAUCAGUACCUAAUGAAGUUAACAGUUGGUCUCAACGGUCUGAUCAAUAUCAAAUUCUUAAAAAUUCCUCGAUUAAAAUUGAAACUGAGGGCAAAGUCAAGAAAGAGUUUUUUAGUGAUACUCAGAAAACUAUAGAUAUAAUAACUGGCUGCAAACUUAACGGACAGAAUGAUAAAAUUGAUCGUUUAGUAAAUAAAAUUAAACAAUCUGCUGAGUGUGAUGCAAGUUUGAAGAACUUAUCUGCUAAAAUAUCUGUGCAACCCGAUAUUAAUUCAGUGGAUAAUAGUAAGUCCUAUUCGUGUGACAUUUGUAAAAAGACAUUUAAAAGAAAACCUUAUCUCAAUGUGCACAUAGGUUCGGCACAUAAUGGUCGAAAACCUCACAAGUGUGAUAUAUGCGGGAAGUCAUUUACACAAAAAUAUGCUCUGAAAACUCAUAUUGAUAUGGUGCAUAAUCGAAUAACUUACCCGUGUGACAUUUGUAAAAAGACGUUUAAAAGUAAACCUUAUCUCAAUGUGCACAUAGGUUUGGCACAUAAUGGUCGAAAACCUCACAAGUGUGAUAUAUGCGGAAAAUCGUUUACACAAAAAUAUGCUCUGAAAACUCAUAUUGAUAUGGUGCAUAAUCGAAUAACUUACCCGUGUGACAUUUGUAAAAAGACAUUUAAAAGUAAACCUUAUCUCAAUGUGCACAUAGGUUCGGCACAUAAUGGUCAUAAACCUCACAACUGUAAUAUAUGCGAAAAAUCAUUUAUAUUUAAAAGUGGUUUAAAAUUACAUAAUGAUUUAGUGCAUGAUGAAGGGAAAACUCUCAACUGCGAUUUAUGCGGAAAGUCAUUUACACGAAAAAGUUAUCUUAAGAUCCAUAUUGAUUCGGUGCAUAAUUGUAUCUCUUACCCUUGUGAUGAUUGUGGAAAGGCAUUUAAAAGAAAACAUUGUCUGAAAUUGCAUAUUGAUAUGGAGCAUAACUGUAUCUCUUACAUUUGUGAUGAUUGCGGAAAGGCAUUUAAAAGGAAAGAAUAUCUGAAGUACCACAUUGAUACAGAGCAUAAUCGUAUAUCUUACCCAUGUCACACUUGUGGAAAGACAUUUAAAAUAAAGCCUAGUUUGAAAUUUCAUAUUGAUUCAAUGCAUAAUCAUAUCAAUUACCCAUGUCCAACAUGUGGAAAGACAUAUUCACUCAAGAGAAGUUUGAAAUUUCAUAUUGAUUCAGCACAUAAUCAUAUCACUUUUUCGUGUAAUAUUUGUGGAAAGUCAUUUUCCAGUAAGAGUUAUUUAAAAAUCCAUAUGAAUUCAGUGCAUAAUGAUCGGAUACCUUAAAACUUUUUUUAAUGUGAAAAGUCAUUUGCUUAUAAAAGUAUUAUGGAAAAACAUAUUGAUUCAACGGAUAAUUAUAUUUCACACACGUUUCACACUUGUGGAAAGACGUUCACACAAGAGUAUAAUCUAAAAACCUAUUUUAAUCCAGUGCGAAAUUGUAUAAUUUAUCCGUAUUACAAUAUUGUCAAAGCAACGUUAUUUAAAAAUCUUUAUUGGUUUAGCCGACAGAAGAAUAAACUUUGAGUGAUAUUUGUAAGAAAAUUUUCACAUGUAAAAGAACACAA